CUAUACUCAGUGUGAGGAACAGCUUGAACCGGAGCAAUUACCGUGGGCCUACUUUUCAAUUUUACUCCGAAAUAAGCGGCUUGGGAAGUUAUAAUGCCGAAUUAACAAUUUUUAUUAUUCAUUUGACACUUUUAACGUCUUAACGGAGUGAGUGGGUGUGUAUCAGAAGAGAAACGUCAUGGACAAUUUGGAGAAGCAGUUGAUUUGUCCCAUCUGCCUGGAAACAUUUACCAAACCAGUGGUCAUUUUACCAUGUCAACACAACCUGUGUAGAAAGUGUGCCAAUGAUAUCUUUCAGGCCUCCAACCCUUACCUCCCAACCAGAGGGGGGUCAGUGACCUCCGGUGGCCGUUUCCGGUGCCCGUCCUGCAGGCACGAGGUGGUCCUGGACCGCCAUGGGGUCUAUGGGCUCCAGAGGAACCUGCUGGUGGAGAACAUCAUCGACAUGUUCAAACAGGAGUCCACCAGUAUUGGGAGUCUCGUCAUGUCUCCUCCCCCUUCCAGCAGCGCCAAGCCAGCGGCCCCAGAGAGGACAGAGGAGCAGGCCAUGUGCCAAGAGCACAAGGAGGAGAAGAUCAACAUCUACUGUGUGACCCACAGCGUGCCCACCUGCUCCAUGUGCAAGGUGUUUGGAGCCCACCAGGACUGUGAGGUGGCGCCGCUCAAAAGCAUGUACCAGACACAGAAGACGGAGUUGACUGACGGGAUAGCGAUGAUGGUGGGGAACAACGACAGGAUCCAGGGCAUCAUCAGUCAGUUAAAGGAGACCUGCCGGACCAUAGAGGAGAAUGGCAGGAGGCAGAAGUCCCAGCUGUGUGAGAAGUUUGACCAUCUGUACGCCAUCUUGGAGGAGAGGAAGAGGGACUUAAGUUCUAAGGUGGUGGCCGAGCAGGAAGAGAAGCUCAACUACAUUCGUGGUCUAACCAAGAAGUACAAAGAGCACCUAGAGCGGAGCGUUAAGACCGUAGAGACAGGCAUACAGACCUUGGAGGAACCAGAGAUGGCUGUCUUCUUACAGACUGUAAAAGACCUCCUUAAUAGGACUGGGGAGGUGUCGAGUACCUCCCACCUGGAGAAGGUGGAGCAAGGAUAUGAGGCGAUGGAUCACUACACCGUUAACUUCUGGAGAGAGGGCAGGGCCCUGCGUAGCAUUGACUUCAUCUCAGAUGACGAAGAUGAGUAUGAGGAGGUAGAUGGGGGAAAGGCAGAGGCUGAAGUAGGAGGUGGAUCCUCAACAGCUGCCCCACUCCCAUCCCCCGCCCCUUAACUCAGCCAACCACAGAGCACAGCCAACCAUCAGCCAUGGCCCAAACAGAGAUGGAGAGGAAGUGAGACAUCAGACUCCCUCAUUUUUUUCUGGUUCAUAUAGAGUCAAUGAACUAAGCAGACCAAACCCAGCUGCUAAUACAUUGAAGCCUAUGUGAGUGCCACCUCGUUAAUCAGACCGGAACUGAUCCUUUUUUUUCAGUGGUAAACGGCCUGAGAGGGACAUCUUAAUUUAUCCACCAUCUUUGGUCCAGACUCAAAGAUACUUCUUGCAGGAGUAGGAUGAAGUUGCCCCUGGACAUUGUUCUAAUGUCAGUUUUGAGUUUUCCCUCCUCAUGGUUAAGGUUAGGAUUGGGGAAAGCUAAGCUGAUCCAUGAUCAGUGCCCAUGGACAACAUCUACCUGAAGCACACCUGCACAGGUGAUAGAUAGAGCCUUCUGACACAAAACUCUCCUGGGACUUCCACCCAAAGCUGUGGUUGGAUGCAGCUGGAUGUGGACAUGUUUUUUCCCCAGUAGGAGUGCAUUUCAGGAGUCAGGAAGUUCACUAUAGGAAGACUUUUUAGCCUGAUUAAAUUUGAUUUGUUAAAGAAAUAUGCUAACAAGGUAGUUUUUUGUGGCUAAUUUUAGUUUUCCCUCAGACUGCCGUUGUAGAGUUUUGUCUAAGCAGCAGUGUUGUUUCUUUAAUGAAGUUGGCAAGAUGCCACCAUCUGAACUACAUCAUUAGAGAAUAUCAUCAGCUGAACAUCUCAAACAAGAACUUCCAGAAGAUUUUUCUGCCUUUUAUUGUUAUUUUUUUUACUGAAAAAGUAUCAAAAAAGAUAUAUAUAUAUUUGGUUACAUUAUGAAUUCACAUAGUAUAAAAAUAUAUAUAGUACCUUCAGAAAGUA